CCCCUACUGCUGCCCUUCCCCUCCCAGAUGCUGGGACUGGUAGGGCUGUUGCUGUGCCUCACUCCUGCGGAUGCCCUGACUGCCUUCCCCCCAAAGUUUCAGGUGGGGAAACUGAAUGGGGACGUGGUGGUGAAAUGCAACACCUCGGAGCAGCGAGUGACCUGGACACAGAAUGGGGAGCCAGAGCCCAUGGCCGAAUUUGUGGCCAAGGGACAGACUCUCACCAUCCUCGGCUUGGACCUGCCGGCUGCCGGCAACUACAGCUGCUGGGCCGGCACCGUCCUGCUGGACACCACCUACGUGGUGGUCAGCGGCACCCGCGAGGAGGGGAUGAACAUCUCCUGCCAGGCUGAGUCCUAUCACGGCUCCUUCCGCUGCUCCUGGAAUGGCCCCCGCUCCGCCGUCUUCCGUGCCCGCCUCACACGCAGCGAUGGCUCGUUGGGGAAGUGGGUGCCAGCAGCCGGCCGCCACGGCUGGUUCAGUGCCAGCUUCGCAGACCCCUCCUUCUGUCCCUUCGCCGAGGAGCUGCGCCCACUGCAGCUACAGCUGGAGGGGCUCUCGGACACCUCCUAUCUCAACUUCUCCAUCCAAUUCUUCAUCCGCGAUAUCGUGCGGCCCAAAACCCACCGCAGAAUCUGACCGUGCAGCAGUGGGGGGAGCAGCUCCACCUGUCCUGGGCCCCCCCAGCCUCCUGGCCGCUCCCCAAGUCCUACUUCACCCUGCUCUACCGGCUGCAGUACGAGCUCCCCAACGGUACCCAGGUUCACAGGUACGUGGAGGGUGUGGAGGAGAUGCAGCUGCAGGACCGCAUGCGGCGGGUGCGCAUCAGCUGCCAGGACCCCUACGCCAACCGCGCCUGGAGCCCCUGGAGCGCCUGGAAGGAUGUCGAUGCAGCCCAGCAGCACCGGCUCCGAGCACGCUGACUCCAUGCAUGGACACCCCCUUCCCCCUUGCACCCAUCUCCC